AUGGCAGGUUGGUCAAUGAUAGCUAAUGGUUCUGCAAAAAAAUCACAACGAAAGAUAGCUCCGGACGGGUUUUGGGUGGAUCUUGAGCCGAAUUCAAAAGUGUCCGUUUUAAAAAGCCAACUCGAUUACGAGCUCAGGAGUUGUUUUGAUGAGUUUUUGGAGUCAUUUUUCAAAGAGAUUUGUGGGUUAGAUAGUUGUUUAGAGAUUCUACCUCCAAUGCUUGGAAAUGGGCAGUUUUUAGAUUUGCUUAAACUGUUUUUGGUUGUGAGAGAUAAAGGUGGAUAUGAUGGUGUUACUAAAAAUGGGCUGUGGGAUUUGGUUGCUCAAGAGUCUGGGUUUGGAUUGAAACUUGGUCCGGCUGUGAAAUUGGUUUAUAUUAAGUACUUAGACGCCUUGGAGAGGUGGUUAGAGAGGCUAAUUGUUGACAGUAUAGAAUCGAACUCAGAGUUGAGUGAUAGUGGGUUUAAUGUGGGUGGGGUUUCGACGGAACUAGGGGCCAAGUUAAAAGGGUUGUUAUCCGAAAUGCCAGCAAAGGAGUUUUUGGAAUUGAAUUCUGAGUUGAAUGUGAAUGCUGAGGUGGAGUCUUAUGGGAGUGAGAAGUUUGUUGAGGAUGAAGAAUCCUUGCUUAUAGACUUGACUAAGAGUGGUGUUGAUUUUGUGGAAGUUGGGGAAUCAGGUGAUAAUGUGGUAAAGAGGGUCAUGAUGGAUGAUUCGCUUUCUAACAGGGAUGUAAAAUGCAAGGAUAUUGAUGAAAAUUUGAUAGCUGAUUCAAGGAAAAGUGAGAAAGUGGAAAAUGAGGAUGAGGUGAAGAGCGUGGUGGUGGUAGAAAUUGAUGGAGAUGAGGAAGGAGAUAAGGGCAAUAAUGGUGAGGUUGAGGAACUGGAUUUAGAAACUUUUGAGGAAUCUGUUUCCAGUCGUAAGAGGAAACGAGAGUCCCUUUAUAGAAUGCUGAACUGGGUUACAGGAAUUGCAAGGGAUCCAUGUGAUCCCAUUGUUGGAUCAUUACCUGAGUGGUCGAAGUUGAAAUCUUAUGGGAAUGGGGAAUGCUGGAAGCAGGUUUUGGUGACUCGGGAAGCAUUGUUUCUGAAAAGAAAUGUUGAUUCAACUUCAAGUCCUGAAGGCUCUGUUUGGCAGGUAUCUAUCACUGACUGA